AGAGCGGCAGGUCAGGGAGGCAGAAUGAGUGUUCAGUGUCAGAGGGGAUUCUGCAGGGAAGGGUUACGAUGGCAGGAGUUCUGCACUUCAUGCUGCUGUUCUCUCUGCAUUGUGGAUCAGUCACUUCAGCCAAACCUGCUGAUGACACAACGACAGUGAGAUCCACUGUGGAUGCAGCUUUUCUUACAACUGAGAGUCACUUUCCUGCAGGGAAAACCAACGACACUGAGGUUCCAAGCACGGGAUUCACAAGCAGUUACAGCAAGUCAACAGCUAAACCUCUCAAAAGCACCAAAAGUACUAAAGAUGUGACUGAAGCAGCAGAGAGACCAGCGUCCAGGAAGGACACUAAAGAAGAAGAAGAAGAAGAAGGUCCUUUGGAACUGGAAAGGAGAUCCAGCAGGAGCGUAAAGGUGGCAAAGAAGCCCAACACGAUCCUGAAGAAAUCCAAACUCAUCACCAAGAAGCCGAAGGUUGUUAAGAAAGUCAAACCUCAUGUCAAACACCGUGUGAGCCAAUCAGCGGCCACGGAGACCGUCCCACGUAUGUAUGGGGAAUGUCCCCCCCUGGGUCUGGAGUCACUGAAGGUCAGAGACACCCAGCUGAGAGCGUCCUCCUACAAACGCAGAGGCCUGGGCGCUCACCGCGGCCGGCUCAACAUCCAGUCUGGGAUCGAGGACGGUGAUAUCUACGAUGGAGGCUGGUGUGCUCAGCACAGAGACAAGACGCAGUGGCUGGAGGUGGACGCUCGGCGACUGACUCGCUUCACCGGCGUCAUCCUGCAGGGUCGCAGCUCCAUCUGGAGUUGGAACGUGGUGCACAGCUACAAGGUGCAGUUCAGUAACGACUCGCUGCUCUGGAAGCCGUGUUUGAACGGGAGCGAAGAGGCUGUAUUUGAAGGAAACCAGGACCUGGACACUCCUGUCCUCGCCCUUUUCAACACUUCCACCGUGGCCCGUUACAUCCGGAUCAACCCACAGACCUGGUACGAGAACGGGACGCAGGGCGACGUCUGCCUGAGAGCCGAGGUGUUGGGCUGCACACUCCCAGAUCCCAAUAACAUCUAUGCGUGGCAGACAGAGCCAACAGAGUCUACAGACAAACUGGACUUCAGACACCACAACUACAAGGAGAUGAGAAAGUUGAUGAAGUCGGUGAACGAGGCGUGUCCUGACAUCACUCGUAUCUACAGCAUCGGGAAAAGUCACUCUGGUCUGAAGCUCUACGUCAUGGAGAUCUCUGACAACCCUGGGAAACACGAGCUUGGAGAACCAGAGUUCCGAUACGUUGCAGGGAUGCAUGGGAACGAAGUGCUGGGCCGAGAGAUUCUGCUAAAUCUCAUGCAGUACAUGUGCCAAGAGUACAAGCGGGGCGACCAGCGCAUCGUCCACCUGGUCAAAGAGACUCGCAUCCACCUUCUGCCCUCCAUGAACCCUGACGGAUACGAGAUGGCCUUUAAAAAGGGAUCAGAAUUGGCAGGUUGGGCCUGGGGUCGUUACAGCUACGAAGGUAUCGACAUGAACCACAAUUUCGCCGACCUCAACUCAGAGAUGUGGAACGCCAUCGAGCUGGAGACGGACAAGUCCAAACUCAUCAACCACUACUUCCCCAUCCCUGAGAUGUACACCUCCGAGCAAGCCUUUGUGGCGUCAGAGACCCGAGCCGUCAUCAACUGGAUGCAGAACAUCCCGUUUGUUCUCAGUGCCAACCUCCACGGUGGAGAGCUGGUGGUCACCUACCCGUACGACAUGACCCGGGACUGGGCCCCUCGCGAGCACACGCCUACUGCUGAUGAGAGCUUCUUCCGCUGGUUGGCCACAGUGUACGCCAGCACCAAUCAGGUGAUGUCCAACCCAGACCGGCGGCCCUGCCACAACAAGGACUUCCGAAGAUACAACAACAUCAUCAAUGGAGCCGACUGGCACACCGUACCAGGAAGUAUGAAUGAUUUCAGCUACCUGCACACUAACUGCUUCGCAGUGACCGUGGAGUUGUCCUGUGAUAAGUUUCCUCACGUCAGUGAGCUCCCCAUGGAGUGGCAGAACAACAGAGAGUCUCUGCUGGUCUUCAUGGAGCAGGUCCACCGCGGACUAAAGGGUGUGGUGCGAGACAAAGACACAGCGGCCGGUAUACCAGACGCCGUCAUUAAAGUCGAUGACAUUGAUCAUCAUAUUCGAUCAGUUUCUGAUGGAGACUACUGGCGGCUGCUGAAUCCCGGUGAGUACCGGGUGACAGCCAGCGCAGAGGGCUACUUCCCCUCCUCGCGCACCUGCCAGGUCAUGUACGACCACUUCCCCACAAUCUGCGACUUCCGCCUCACCAAGAUGCCCCAACAGAGACUCAAAGACAUUUUGGCAAAGGGAGGGAAACUCCCCAAGGACCUGCAGCUCCGGCUGCGACAGCUCCGCCUGCGUAAGCUCCGCGUCACGACCAAGGCCAUCAACCAGAGGCGCGCUGCCGCCGCCGCCAAACGGGCGAAGAGGAUGUGAUGGUGAUGGAAGAUGAUGUAGAACAAAGCUGGACUUGGUUCAGUUCACUCUGGGCUCAGAGACUGUACAUCUUCACUGUUAUUAUUUUACACCCGAGAGAUUCUGUUGCAUGUUCUGCUGGAGCAGCAGCGCACACGAGGGAACGUCUACACCUGCGUUGUGGGGGCGGAUCUGGAUCCGGACUGAAGGACUCUGAGGGUAAAACACUUGUGAUCCAGUGAGGGCGACACUCAUCAUCAGUUCAUAUGUAUUGUGUGCAGAGCCAGAACACAGAAGUCCGUCUUAGUACCUGCAUGAUUGUGCACCUUCACUCAACCUGUUACUGAAAUCAACAUUAAACUGUAAUGUGAAUACCUGAA